AUGGCUGGCUUUGAUAGUGGUGCUGUGUAUCGUUCUGAUAGUUUGUUCACUCAGGCUGGUGAUCGUGAUAAUUUUGCAAGUUUCCAACAAGCUAAGAAAAAAUUCAAGGAUUUUCUUCGUCAGUACAAUGUUGGUGGGCUGUCCUUUGGCUAUAGGGACCAACUUAAGCAAAAUUGCACAUUGAAAAUCUAUAAUUUGACUCUAAAGAUUCAAGAUUUAAACAACUUCGAUACAUUUCUAGCUCAAGAACUUAUUGUUCAUCCAGUGGAUUAUAUUGCGACCUUUGAAGAAGCAACAACUGAGGUCGCCAGUGAAAUAAUGAAAUCCUCGUUAGAGGCCAAUGAGACUUUGCCACCGAUUCAACUUUUGCUAGAUUGGGAUGCAGCCCCUGUUCACAUUCGAGAUAUGCAAUCGGAACGGGUUGCUAAACUGGUUAAAAUAUCAGGAAUCGUGGUGUCUGCUUCUAGUGUAAAAUCAAAAGCCACUCGUUUAACACUUCAAUGCCGUGGAUGUCGCCAAUAUUUACCGAAUAUUCGCGUUAAACCUGGUUUCGAUGGCUAUAUGCUCCCGAGAAAAUGCCCAAGUUCCAUGGCCGGUGGCGUUUCAGUUCCUUGUCCAGUUGACCCGUUCUUCAUUGUUCCAGAUAAAUGUGAAUGCGUCGAUUAUCAAGUUUUGAAAUUGCAAGAAUCUCCAGAUUCCAUUCCACAGGGUGAAAUGCCUAGACAUGUGCAGAUCUACUGUGAUCGAUAUCUAGUUGAGCAGGUUGCUCCGGGUAACCGAAUUACUGUCGUCGGUAUCUAUUCUAUCCAAACAUCUCCUACCAACAAGCCAAGAACGGGAGCUCAUGAACGCGUAAAUGUCGGUGUUCGUAACUCCUACAUUCGAGCCCUCGGUUUAAGCCUCAACACAGAGGGACCGGGUCGCAGUGGUGUUUUCUCGGCUGGGAGAUUACUACAUACCUCCACAAUUACUACGGAAUUAGAAGAAGAGGAAAUGCGAAAACUUGCCAAUACACCAAAUAUUUACGAGCUCAUCGCUCGCAGUAUCGCACCCUCCAUUUACGGCAGUUUGGAUAUCAAGAAGGCCAUUGCUUGUCUUCUUUUUGGUGGUUCUCGAAAACGUUUGCCGGAUGGGUUAUGUCGUCGUGGUGACAUUAAUUUAUUACUUAUUGGAGAUCCGGGUACCGCCAAGUCUCAGCUUCUUAAGUUCGUGGAGAGAUGUGCACCUGUUGGUGUUUAUACUUCUGGUAAAGGUAGUUCAGCAGCUGGUCUCACUGCAUCGAUUAUUCGUGAUCCAGCAACGCACAAUUUCGUUAUGGAAGGUGGCGCAAUGGUGUUAGCCGACGGCGGUGUUGUAUGCAUCGAUGAGUUUGACAAGAUGAGAGAAGAUGAUCGAGUUGCUAUUCAUGAAGCUAUGGAACAGCAGACAAUCUCAAUUGCAAAAGCCGGUAUAACUACAUCAUUAAACAGUCGUUGUUCUGUCUUAGCUGCUGCUAAUAGUGUCUUUGGUCGUUGGGACGACUCAAAGGCUGAAAGCAAUAUUGAUUUUAUGCCCACCAUCCUCUCACGUUUCGACAUGAUUUUCGUUGUCAAAGACGAGCACGAUGCCGCUAAGGAUAGUAUCCUUGCUCAUCAUGUUAUGCAGGUUCAUCUACAUGGAAAUGAUGCGGUUGCAAAUAAUGAAAUGGCUGAAGACGCCUCUUCAAAUGGCGAAAUCCCGCUGUCAGUGCUCCGUCGUUUCAUUGCUUUUGCUAGAGAGCGUUGUGGACCGCGUUUAUCACCAGCCGCUACUGAAAAGCUAGCAAAUCAAUAUGUGUUAAUGAGAUCUGGCGCUAGUCGUCAUGAACAGCAGACCGGAAAGCGUGGUAAUAUUCCCAUUACCGUUCGACAACUGGAAGCUAUCGUGCGUAUUUCUGAAUCCUUGGCUAAGAUGCGUCUGGACGCUUUUGCUACCGAAGCCGAUGUUGACGAAGCGAUGCGUUUGUUCCAGGUCUCGACACUAGAAGCUUUCAUGACUGGAAGUCUAGAGGGAGCCGAGGGCUUUACAAGCCAGGAGGAGCACGACCUUAUUAUAAGAGUGGAGAAGCAACUGAAGAAACGUUUUGUUAUUGGUUCACAAGUGUCCGAGCAUGCCAUUCUCCAAGACUUCACUCGCCAGGGUUUUUCCGAGAGGACGGUGGCUAAAGUGUUGCAUUAUAUGAUUAGACGUGGUGAGAUUCAAUAUAGAAUGCAAAGAAGAAUUCUAUAUCGCGUGAAGUAA